GCAAAUUUGCGCGGACAGGCUUUUAAGGAACGCGGUUUCAAAGGAUGGGCCUGGCGGCCGUGUAGGUGCAACUUGGGUCGUACUAAGCAACUAGUGAGGACGCCGCCGUUCACUCAUCCAUGUCGAUUCCAGGGCGAGUAUGCCCAGCUGUCACGGCUCUUCUCUCGCGGGAUCCGAGAUCAGAACAUCAGAUCAACAACAGGAACCUCCACAUCAUUUUCAGCUAGACUGCUGUUGAUCAAACUUCAACAACCAGAUGUUGACAGGGCUUCAAUUAUCUGCUUUUCCCGCCCAACCCCAGCAAGCUCAUUCCCAGCUUUGCCCCCACCACCGACCUGGGCGCUUGCUUUGGCCCGUUACAUCACCUUAGACACAAGACCCUUGUCUCAUCAUUCUGCCAGGGCUUAUCUGUGCCUCUUCUUCCGCCGGGUUCUGACGUUCAGUCCAGUUCCUGAUCCAGAGUCCUUUGUACUUUGUACGCUUGUGAGGAGGAAACCCAUCUCUUCAGGCGGAGGGGUGAGUCGAACCUGUCUGCCGGUACCGCUGGGUCGGACGAUCUUUACUCUUCUCCCUAUGCUAAGACUUUGGGCAGACGGCCAGACCAAUUCGAGCACAGCCCGGACAUUCACAGCCGUUUGGGCUUAG